UUCAGUUUUGGAUGCAGGCGAAUGUCGAGAGUUCAGCUAGUGUUUGAAGCAGUCGGCGGAGGAUCAUCCUCGUCGUACAUUGCGAUCGAUGACGUGAUGUUGAUGCACACGGAGUGUCCGCGGAUGGGUGCGUGCAACUUUGAGGACGGCCUGUGUGGCUGGAGGAACGUGCUGGACCCCAGCAAGGAUGUCACGGACUGGACCUGGAGCAGUGGGAAGGCACCCAGCCACUUCACCGCCCCAUCCACUGACCACACGCUGGGCACCGCGGAAGGUCACUACAUGUUUGUGGACACUCAGGUGAUCAGUGCUAAAAACUGGACCAGGUUCCUGAGUGAACAUCUGCCUCCGACGAAGGGGUCCUGCCUCACCUUCCACUACCACACCAACGUCAAAAAUCAGCUCAGUGAGUUCCCUCCGCACGGCCUCGCUCUCACCAGACAGCAGCCCUGA